UUACCUUCCAUCUGAUCUUCCUCUCUGUCCACCUCCAAUAUUUCCGUGAGGCGAUCUCUCCGAAGAAGCCCACCUCACUCUGUCUCGCUACCUCACUCUUUUCUCGUGCCAUCCUUUGCCCCGUUUCCGCUUUGGCGAACCUUGCGGAAGUUGCCAUGUGGUCCAAUUUUUUUAUGCAGGAGGAGGAGGGCAGGGCAGCGGCGGCAGGGGUGGGUGGGGCUGGAGGAGGAGCCGGGGGGCAUACAGGUGCAAAAGGGGUGCGUGGAGGUACGGGGAAGCGGAGGACGGGAAAGCCACAGAUGAGUGACAGCCAAGAGGGUAAAAUCAAGCUGGCCUUUUUCGUGGCCAUCGUCGGGGUCACGCUCACUGUCUUGGGUGUGGGCACAGAAUUUUGGGUGGAGCUGGCACCUCCCAAGACUUUUUUCGACAACAAGACAUGCCAGGCGGCUCACUACGGGCUGUGGAAGGGCUGCGUGCGGACGCUGCGGGUGUCGGACAUCGACCCUGACAGGGAGAGCUGUGGGCCUGCUGAACUUCCUGGAGAGUCAAACUGCACCUACUUCAAAUUCUUCACUUCUGGAGACAAUGCCGUUAUUUUUAAGAGGACAACAACAAAAAGUCUGAACAUCGCUGCCGCUGUUCUGGCUCUGGUCAGUCUCUUCAUGAUGAUCAUGGGCUCCGUGUGCAUCAUCAUGUCCCUCAGCAAGGGAGUGCAGUUCUUCCUGAAGCCCGCCUCGUUCUGUUUCACCCUGUCAGGCAUCCUGGUCAUGCUGACACUUAUUGUCUUCCACCAGUCCGUUCUCGCCCUUCUGGACAGCGACCACUCUAUGCCGCUACAACAUGAGCUGUCGUGGUCAGUGGCCUGCGUGGGGUCGGCAGGUGCCAUCCUCAUCGUGGGUGGGGUCAUCUUCCUCAUGCUCUUUCUGCCAUACAGUCCCUGGGAAAAGUGUUUUCCCCACCGUAGCAGCGCCACCUAGUGACCUGGAGGUGCAAAGUGACCGUAGAUUAGUUUUUUAUAGUGUGAUUCCUCAAAUUGGAAAGAGUUGGAAGAGCUGACUAACCGACUGACUGACUGACUGACUGACGGACAGGGACACGUUAUAUGAACUUAAACCGACCGCGAAACGACACUCUACGAAAGACUCAGUGGGGCAGAAUGAAUCUAAGGCUUGAACAAGCGGCUACACGUCCACAAAGAGCCCACGCCUGCAAAACAAUGUCUUACGUCCAUCCACGAUCCAUCACCUGUCCAACGAGUUAUAAAUAUAUUCAUGGGCUGCAGUUAUAACGUUGUCGAUUUUUUCCACUAUUUCUGAAAAACGAACAGAUCCGCUGCCUGAUUGCCCUGCGCUAUCCGCGGAAAAUGACAUGGCAACGCUCAGAUAAGAUUUACCGCGUUACAUUUAGAUGAGGGAACGCUGCCGAUGAAGCACAAUGUGGUGUCCUUCCACGUGACGUGAUUCAGCGAUGAAUCGUUUAGACCAGAAAAGCUGUGAAGUACUGCAGUUCUGGAGGAACGUGGCUGGAGGACAUCGUCUUGGAACACUGACAGGGACAGACGCAGACGGCGACACGGAAAGACACCAAGACACAGAGCUGCAGUUCCGAACGAGCUGCACCAAAGCCUUAAUGGAGAGUAAAUGUAAGCCUUUUGUAAAAGUGUUUCUCAUGUAUUGUCUGUACAAGCCAAUGCUCUAGAUAUUAUCAUACAGGUUUACAUCUCGCUGUGUGCUGAAACGUGCACAAAACUGUAUAUAAAUCUAUAUGUGUUUAUACUUAAUUUAAGGAGUGUGUGACUUUUCUAUCGGAUGUCCCAGAAUCAGCCCUCUUUGGAUCCGGAAUGAUAUUUAGUUCCUUUUUAUUUGCCGUCGUGUGUUUUUUUUUUGCCGUUGCUGGCAAAGAGUCCUGAACCUCUACAGCUGCCGUCUUCUGUACAUCCUUGUGCCUUUGAGUCCCUGAAUUUACUCAUAAAUUCAAAGUGAACUUGUUUAAACACGUCACAUCGCUCACAAGUCUAAUAAAUUUCUUGGAAAUUACGAAAUUGAAGGCGGAAUCCAAUCAUGACUUUCUCCACCGCUCUCUGUGCGUUUCAGCUCGUCCGGGAGGCACUUUUCCCGCUCUUUCGGCUUUUUAACGUCGCUCUAAAGUCUUUCUCUCUGUCUUUCUGUCGAUGUCACUGUCGCUGCCCAGGCUGCCGGUCUUCCAGUUCACCCCGCGACACCGCAGCCUCCCCCAUCCCCUCUUAAAUUAGCACAUUGCUCAUGGGAGCACAUAGUGCUGAAGCAGAUGAGAAACAUAACCCCUGAAUUCAGAGUAUGCCCCAGCACCACCCCAUCUGCUCAAAACCCGCUUUCUCUCCUGGCACGCCCAACGUCAGUACCCUCUUCAGCCCGUAUCUCACCCACCCACCCCACCGCCCCCCAGAAUGGAUGCUACCUGUUCGCCUUAGCCUAUAUAUCUCAUUUCACUUAAUGCCCCCAGCCCCCUCUCUA